AUGAAGGCAACUGGUGUUUUCCUGCUCCUCUCCCUGGCACUCUGCUGCUACCAAGGAAAUGCUGAGAUGGAUGGAGCUGCUGGCAAAGGAACAGAGGCAGCUUGUGGCAAUUUUGACAUAAGAAAAGGUUGUACAAAGAUCUUUGACCCCGUCUGUGGCACGGACAACAUCCUAUAUGGCAACGAGUGCCUGUUGUGCUUUCAGAACCUGCAAAGAAAAACUAAUGUGCGCAUAAAGAACAGGGGAAUGUGCCAAAACCCCUCUCCACGCUCUGACUCCGCUCAAAACUGA